AUGAGGUCUACUGUCCCCCUUACUUUCGUUCUCCUCUCUUUCUUUCCUGAUGUAAUUUUUGCUCAAAAUUCCUUCUUAACAUCUACUUCUUCCUCGGCACUCAUAUCCACCACAACUACACUAGUAUCAAGUACCGGUACAAGUUCCUCCCAGUCUCAAUUAUCAGCCGAAACACCGUCUCCAGCACUUACAACCUCCAUAUCCCUUACUCCAGCCAUGUCCUCCAGCUCCGUUGCCUCGUUUUUUGCCGCGCUUGCAACAUCCGAGCCCUCAGCCCCCAACGAUCCACCAGCCGGCGAUGCUGCAAGUACGGGCGGAAGUGCAGGAGCUGAUAGUGAUGCAGGUGCGUCUGGGACUUCGAGUGGUGGUGUUCAAUUGUCGAAUGGAGCUAUGAUUGCAAUUGUUAUUGCUGUGAUUGGCGUGUGUCUUUUUGGAAUAAUUUCGGCAACACUCUUUUACCUCGCCAAGAAACGUUCCUGGGAGGUGCGCAAGAAGCUACGGGCUUCGGCACGCAAGGUAGCCGUUGCCUUAACGCCCAGAAGAGCUACAUUCGGUAAAGAUGUGCAUAAAAGACCCGGGGGCCGUGGAUUGGAGAGAAUAGAUGAGGUACCGCCCACGCCCAAGAUAUCGAAGACAUUUGUGAGUGUGAACGAUGUGGAGAAAGGAGAAGGGAAGAUGAUGGAAUUCGAAUUGUCGGAUGCGCCGAAGUCGAAAUGGGCGCGGAAGAUGAGAAAUGAGAGAUAG